AUACCUUCAAUGAAUGCCUACCACCUACCCCGCACGACCGUCAAUCAUCACCAUCCAAAUUAUUGCUCCAGCAACAAAAAUGAUGCUCGAAUAUCAUUACCGGUUUUGAUGUUCGGAGGCACCCGGAGCUCUCUGUGGUAGUGGGAUACCCUCGUAGAUUCAAAUAAAGAUGGCGACCUGAUUCUCGAACUGUAGAUCAGUUCAAAGUAGUAAUAAAAUGUUGUUGACUUAACUAAGUUUUAAUAUUCAUCUUCUUAUCGUCCUCGAGCUUCGAUCGUCUUGUAUACACGCACCCAGCCUGAUUUUUCUGUCCAUUUCUCGCAGCCAUGAAAUUCAGAGGCAUCUUAGCAGCAGCCAGCUUAAUAGGCGCCGUGCUAGCCCAGGAGAAAUUAAAAAUCAUGCCUUUAGGAGACAGUAUUACCGAAAUAACGUGCUGGCGAGCGAAGCUAUGGGACGAUCUCAAAGCCAAUAACCUAACGGACAAAAUCGAGUUUGUGGGUUCGGUGAACAAUACCCAGAAAUGCGAUACGGCGGACUCGGAUUUCAAGAAGCAACAUCAUGAGGGGCAUUCGGGGUACCUUGCCAUUGAUAUCGCGUAUGAUCAUAUCGAUACUUGGCUCAAUGAUACACAGCCAGAUAUUGUUAUGUUCAUGCUUGGCACGGAUGAUAUCGCAAAGGGUCGGAGAUUGGAGGAUGUUGUGGAAGCGUAUACGAAUAUGGUCAAGAGUAUGCGAGAGAUUAAUCAGUAUAUGAAGAUCAUUGUCGACACAGUGGUCCCCUUACCAGCAAAUAUGAACCCGGUGAAGAGACUCAACGACAUGAUUCCGGACUGGGCUGCGGAGCAAAAUACGACCGACUCGCCUGUUUACGUCAAUGAUAUAUACCCCUUUCCGAAUACCUACUUGAAGGAUGGCAUAUAUCCGAAUGAGGAGGGUGAAGAUACCAUUGCCGAUACCUUGAGCUCGCUUCUGACAUGGAUUAUUGCUUCGAAUACGACUGAGAACUCUACUACGUCUACCUAGGCUGUUGACUAGAGACGGAGUAAG